AUUAGAUGUAAGACUUUUUCAUAUAUAUCAUAUGAUGACAAGUAAGAGAGAGAAGCAUUAAUCAUUGAGAUAGCAUCAACAUGGGGAUACACAACAACAAUCAUCCUAGAACAACAAAUGAAAUUGUUAGAGAACAACAUUGUCCAUUGUUACAUAAUAGUAAAAAAGAUGAGAAAAUUGAAGUUGAAAUUCAACAAAAUGAUGAUGAUAGAUCCAUUUGUAACAACAAUAAUGGAUCAUCAUCAGCAUCAUUUACUGGUUCAGUAUUCAAUUUAUCAACAACAAUUAUUGGUGCUGGAAUCAUGGCUUUACCUGCAGCCAUGAAAGUUUUGGGUUUAACAAUUGGUAUUGCUUCAAUAAUUUUCUUUGCUUUGCUUAGUCACACCUCUUUGGAUAUUCUUAUGAGGUUUAGUAGAGUUGCUAAGGCUCAAUCUUAUGGUGAUAUUAUGGGGUGUGCUUUUGGAAGUGUUGGAAGAUUGGUUUUUCAGAUUUCUGUUCUUGUUAAUAAUUUUGGUAUUCUUGUUGUCUACAGCAUCAUAAUUGGUGAUGUACUGUCUGGAACAACUUCAUCUGGAAGUCAUCAUUUCGGUGUACUUGAAGGAUGGUUCGGAGAACACUGGUCGACUGGGCGGACUUUUGUUCUUCUUGUAACAACCCUUGUUGUAUUUACUCCAUUAGGAUUCUUUAAGAGAAUAGAUUCAUUAAGAUAUACUUCUGGUUUAGCAGUGGCUUUGGCAAUUGUUUUUCUUGUCAUAACUGCAGGAAUCACAUUUGUUAAAUUGUUCAAUGGAAGUAUAGAGAGUCCAAGAUUGCUUCCUAAUAUUACUGAUAUGACAUCUAUUUGGAAUCUAUUCACAGCAGUUCCUGUUCUUGUCACGGCAUUUGUUUGUCAUUACAAUGUGCAUACAAUAGACAAUGAACUCGGAGACUCUUCACUAAUACAACCAGUUAUAUGCGCAUCAUUGGUUCUAUGUUCUGGCAUAUACAUUCUUACAGCUUUAUUUGGAUUUCUACUAUUUGGCGAAGCAACUCUUGGUGAUGUACUGGCCAACUUUGAUACUGAUCUUGGCAUCCCUUAUAGCAAUGUGCUCAACGACAUUGUUCGUAUCAGCUACGCCCUUCACCUCAUGCUUGUUUUCCCUGUUAUCUUCUUUUCACUCCGCUUCAAUUUGGAUGAUCUUUUCUUUCCCUCAGCCAAAUCAUUGGAAUUUGAUAAGUUCAGGUUUUCGUUGAUCACUACUGGACUCAUCUUUUUGCUCUAUGUGGCUGCAAAUUUUGUACCUAGCAUUUGGGAUGUGUUUCAAUUCACCGGAGCAACUGCUACUGUUUGCCUUGGUUUUAUUUUCCCUGCUGCAAUUGCUCUAAGGGAUCCACAAAGCAUUGCAACUAAGAAGGACAAAAUUUUAUCCAUUGUGAUGAUUGUUCUUGCUGUCUUCGCAAAUGUUGUGGCUAUAUACAGUAAUGCUGAUGCUUUGUUCAGAAAACACCAAAGUAAAUCAAAUUGAAACAAACACUUUUCUUGGCCUAUGAAGAUCCAGCAACAGUUUUAAUGAGUGUUGAAAUUGUCCAAGGUUUCGGUAGAUCAAAUUGAACAAGUGAAUGAAUGAGACCAUGUUUCUUGAGAUGAUUUGAAGAACAUUUGAGAGAUAUACAGAAGAGUUGUGAAAGGAAAAAUAUAUAGACAUUUAUAUAUGAAAUAUUAUUUUUUUAGAGUAUUUAUGAAUGGGAUUGGAUUCAUUUUGGAGAGCAAAGUCAGUUUAAUAAGUCAUUCAGUUUUAUUGGUUUUCUUAUUU